GUGUUACUCUCAAAAAAACUGGGUGUGUUAUAUUGUCUAACGUUCAAUGAAAGGCAUCUGAUUAAUAAUUAAUUGAUAAUAUCGAGUCUGUUACCAUAGUCACAUUAAAAGGGUGACAGAGAGCAAGAAUUGGGGUCAGUAGCAACUUCAAAAGAUCCUCAUAUUUUAAAUUGACUGUUAGCCAAUCGCCCACAGAUCACUUUCCAUAAUAAAUGCCACUGUUAGUGCUUUAACUAUUAGUUGUUGAGGAUUAUUACACUUUAUCUUUUAUUUGUUUACUUCUUUCUUUUUCCAUGUUAAACAUGCGUCUGUGUGGCUCGCCUCCCGGAGCUUUCUAGAGUUUACCGAUUUAGUCACUGUUGAUGCUCCAUGCUUCCCGCUGAUUUGGAGUAGGAGGAAAAAGAGGUGGAGAAGAAGAUGGGGGGUGGGGGGAGCCGUGUGCGUCAGUAAGACAAACAUGUUCCAAUAACGGGCUAUAUUAUCUGCUGCUAUUUGCAGUUUGCUGUAGCCAGGCGCCAGACUGAGCUUAAGCAAAAAACCUGCAGCGCUUUUUUUUUUUUUUAUUGCUCCGCUGUGAUGGAAACGGUCUCAUAUGGAAUGGCAUCUGCAAGACAGCUGGCAGAAAAGAGGAUUCUAACCCUUACCUCUGGCACUACAAGCACUAUGCCCAAGACAACACGUUCAUCUGAACCUCAGCUUUAAGGGGAGAGAAGAUGGCAGGAGGUGUGAGGAGGAACACAGUGAUGGGGAGAUUUGGGUUAUAUGUGAGGCUGUUGGCAGUGAGUAUAAUACUAGGAGCUGAUCUGAGCUGGCUGGGCCUGAAAUCACGGGUUGGGGUCAACGCCCAGAACAAUGAGAGAAGGGUAUUGGCACAUUUCCCUGGUGACAUCAUCAUGGGAGCACUGUUCUCUGUUCACCACCAACCACCUGCAGACAAGGUCCAUGAGCGAAAGUGCGGUGCGGUGCGUGAGCAGUAUGGGAUCCAGAGAGUGGAGGCCAUGAUGCAUACUCUGGAUCGAAUUAAUGCAGACCCCACUAUCCUGCCAAAUAUCACCCUGGGCUGUGAGAUCAGGGACUCAUGCUGGCACUCUGCAGUGGCACUGGAGCAGAGUAUCGAGUUUAUUCGGGACACACUGGUGUCCAGUGAAGAGGAAGAGAGCCAGGGCAGAUGCACUGCAGAGGCGGGGAGCUUGCUGGUUCAGGGGAAGAAGCCCAUUGUCGGACUGAUUGGACCAGGAUCCAGCUCAGUGGCCAUCCAGGUGCAAAAUCUCCUACAGCUCUUCAACAUCCCACAGAUAGCCUACUCAGCCACCAGCAUGGAUCUCAGUGACAAGAGCUUGUAUAAAUAUUUCAUGAGGGUGGUGCCGUCAGAUAUGCAACAGGCCAGAGCCAUGGUGGACAUUGUCAAGAGGUACAACUGGAGCUAUGUGUCUGCAAUACACACAGAGGGUAAUUAUGGUGAGAGUGGUAUGGAGGCAUUUAAAGACAUGGCAGCGAAGGAGGGGAUCUGCAUCGCCCAUUCUGACAAGAUAUACAGCAACGCAGGGGAGCAGGGCUUUGACAAACUGUUGCAGAAACUACGAGUCCACUUGCCUAAAGCGAGGGUGGUGGCCUGCUUCUGCGAGGGCAUGACGGUCCGAGGAAUAUUGAUGGCCAUGCGUCGACAACGCCUGGUGGGAGAAUUUCUGCUGGUUGGAAGUGAUGGCUGGGCAGACAGAUAUGAUGUGACUGAUGGCUACCAGAGGGAGGCAGCUGGUGGAAUCACCAUAAAGCUAAAGUCAGCAUAUGUGACCUGGUUCGAUGAUUAUUACCUGAACCUGACGCCUGAUGCCAACUUGAGGAACCCCUGGUUCCCUGAAUUCUGGCAGCACCGCUUCCAGUGCAGGUUGAGGGGACACCCACAGGAGAACAGCAUGUACAACCGCACCUGCACCUGGAGAGAGUCUCUGCGCCAUCAAUAUGCCCAAGACACCAAGAUGGGCUUUGUCAUAAAUGCCAUCUAUUCCAUGGCUCACGGCUUGCAUGCCAUGCAGCAAGCCCUCUGUCCGGGAUAUAAGGGUUUGUGCGAGAACAUGCGGCCUAUUGAUGGCCGCAAGCUGCUGGAAUUUUUGAUGAAAACUAACUUUACCGGUGUGUCUGGGGAGACCAUCCUUUUUGACGAGAAUGGUGACUCACCUGGCAGGUAUGAAAUCAUGAACUUCAAGCACAUAGGCGAGGAUGAGUACGCUUACAUUCAUGUGGGAAGCUGGGAUCAAGGUGGCCUGAAGAUGAACGAUGAGGAAAUCUGGAGUAACAACAGUGACAUCAUCCAGUCAGUCUGCUCUGAGCCCUGCCAGAAGGCACAGAUCAAGGUGAUCCGUAAAGGGGAGGUGAGCUGCUGUUGGACCUGUACUCCAUGCAAGGAUAAUGAGUUUGUGUUUGAUGAGUACACUUGUCGAGCCUGUGUCCUGGGCUCCUGGCCUACAGAUGAUCUGCGUGGUUGUGAGCCAAUCCCGGUGCAGUAUGUUCGUUGGGGGGAUCCAGAGCCCAUCGCUGCAGUGGUCUUCUCCUGUCUGGGCCUCAUGGCUACACUUUUUGUUACAUCUGUCUUCAUCAAAUUUUGGGACACCCCUGUGGUCAAGUCAUCCAGUCGUGAGCUAUGCUACAUCAUCCUGGCUGGAAUCUGUCUGGGCUACUUGUGCACCUUCAGUCUUAUUGCCAAGCCCCACAUAGUCUACUGCUACCUCCAGCGGCUGGGAAUAGGCCUGUCCCCUGCCAUGAGCUACUCGGCUCUGGUCACCAAGACCAACCGUAUAGCACGGAUCCUGGCAGGCAGCAAGAAGAAGAUCUGCACCAAGAAACCACGCUUUAUGUCCGCCUGCGCACAAUUGGUCAUCGCCUUCCUACUCAUACUGCUGCAGCUGGGGAUUAUUGUGGCACUUCUUAUCAUUGAGCCACCACAGGUGAUCUAUGACUACCCCAGUAUCCGUGAGGUACACUUGAUCUGUAACUUGACCACUCUGGGGGUGGUGGCGCCGCUGGGCUACAAUGGCCUUCUUAUCCUCAGCUGCACUUUCUACGCCUUCAAGACUCGUAAUGUUCCUGCCAAUUUUAAUGAGGCCAAGUAUAUUGCCUUUACCAUGUAUACCACCUGUAUUAUCUGGUUGGCCUUUGUUCCUAUUUACUUUGGAUCCAAUUACAAGAUUAUAACCAUGUGCUUUAGUGUCAGCCUCAGUGCUACAGUGGCUCUUUGCUGCAUGUUUGUCCCAAAGGUGUACAUCAUGCUCGCCAAGCCUGAAAAAAAUGUCCGCAGUGCUUUCACAACAUCCACAGUGGUGCGUAUGCAUGUAGGUGAUGCCAAGAAAGCUGCCACCUCUGGAAAACCCUCUAGCAGCAUGGCCAACUUGUUUCGACGUCGUGGCUCUGCGCAGGACACCAUCAGCUCCAAUGGGAAAUCAGUCACAUGGGCGCAGAAUGAGCGCGCCUACAGACCAAACCUAUGGAAGAGGAUGUCAUUCCAUGUCAAGAAAAAAAAGGAACCAGUAGAAGUGAACCAGACAGCCAUCAUCAAGCCUUUCUCUAAAGGAGGAGACACACCUGUGGACACUGGUGUCAAAGAGCAGUAUGAAGAGCCACCGGUGGCUCAGCCCUUUACUUGCUCCCCCUCUCAAUCACCCCUGCCCACCAUCAGCCAGCAUGCAGUGAAGGCAAUGGGUUUCCAGGGAGGAGAAGAUGGAGAGGAGGUACCCACCUACAUACCUGAUCACCCUGCUGGGGUCAGAAGGAGAGGUGGGGACAACAGCCCAGGUGUUGGUCUAGUGGAUGGUGGGGACAUUAGUGUCAUAAGUGUGGGUGACAUCGGCAUGGGGAUGAUUGGCGGCCAAGCUCAGGGCACCACCAUUAUGGACCAAAUCAGCUGUGUGGUGAACCGUUUCACUGCCAACAUCAGUGAGCUUAACACCAUGAUGCUGCCAGGAGGAGCCACCAUCAGCCCCACCUCCACCACUGCCCUGCCUGCAGCCGUAGAUGCCGCCGCCUGCCCACCGCAGUACCUUACAUCCAGGGGCAGACAGGCUCCCUCCACUGUUACCACAUAUGCUGAGGUAGCAGCCGUCUCCAACUUCUGCGAGAAUCGUCCAGCAGGUAAGAUUUAUGAGCACCUGGCGGGGACUUGCGUGAGUAGCAGACGAGCAAAGGAUAUGGAGGAGCUGGUGGCUCUGACGCCUCCUUCCCCAUUUAGAGACUCAUCUCUGAGCUCCAACAGCAGCUCACCUGCCUCACUGUCCCCGGCCUCUGAGGCCGAGUACGACCAGCUGCUGCUGAGACACUACAGCCAGAGCUCCUCCUCUCUCUAAAAAUUGCUCUGUCUAUACAUUUGCUCCUUGUUUAAAAUCCAAAAGACUUCAGACUGGACCAAACUCUUUGAUGCCUUUCAACAUGUGGAUAUUAUGAAUGUUUAAGCAGUUUUUUUUUAAGAUAUGUUUUAAUUUUCUGAUAGGAUUGAAUGCACCCACAUAUACCUCCAUUGAGAGGAGAAGAAUACCAGCCAGAGGAUUUAUUAACCUGUGGCAAGACUGCAAAUACUAAAUGCAGAAAUUAAGCUGAGCAAUGUCAGUGCUACAUUUUUGGUCACCAAGUGAGUAAAAAAAAAAAAAAAAACUUGAAAAACUGGAACCAAAAUACGGGCAUUUUAAAAUAAUUUUUGAUGCUACAUUGACACCAGUUUCUUACUGACUAAGAAAUUCCAAAGAAAAUAUUGAUAAGCUCAGAAAACAAAUGAAAAAUUGCCAAUACAUUUUUAUUUCAUUAUAAAAUAGUUAUCAGUCAUAAGUGGGGGGAAAUGACCAAAUAUUUAUGUUCUGUGUUUUUUUUCUCUCUUUAUUUCUCUUUUUUUUUAGACUUAUGUAUUAAAUCUCAAAACGACAUUUGAUUAUUUUAGGUAAGCACAGGUAUUAAAAAAAUCUUAAUUGUUUUUUUCAAGUAUAUAUGUAUAUUUGCUUAUACUAUUGCUGUUGACAUUCUGUACAAGUGAUGUUUUUCUUACUGACAAAAUGUCCUAAUGUUUAGUAUUUUCAGACUUAGUUGGAUGCCGUUUGUAUCAGCAUGGAGGCAUCUGUCCAAAAGAAAAUAGCUCAAAUAAUUGAAAUCUAAAAAGGUCAAACGUGAUACACUGUUCCCGUUUUCUAAUUUGUUGUCAAUCCAGGAGGAUGUCAAGCAUGCACUGCUGGCAUUUUGUAUCCCGACUCUAAAAAGGAGAAAGUGUACAGAUGCUGCAUUUUUGUAAAUCAGGAAGCAGGAUUUUCUGUGUGGGGAGUUCUCAUUGACCUUGCCUUUUCUUGGAAAGAAAACAUUUAUAGAGAAUAAAAACCCUCCAACUGAGAGAGGACAGGAGCUUUUUAUGUGUCAAGGGAAUGUAAGACAUUGUCUCCAUGGAUGCAGCAUUAUCAAGUGUCUACCCCACAAAGAGCUUAUGAAGACUACUAAUCUUCAUUAAUUCUUCUCUAGAAGUGACUCAGUUGAAUGUAAAAUAACCAGUUAUCAUUUUGAAGUGGACCAAAAUGAUCUUCCACCUCAGGAUGUGUCCGAACCAAAAGACUUCAACUCCUACCUGUUGAAUGAGUGCUGUCAUCUGUUGGCUCAAAAUGUUUCCAGUUUGCAUGAUGUCAGGAUUUGUUUUCACUCUUUGAGUUAUAUUUAUAAUUACUUUUAUACUCAUUUAAUAUUGUACAAACUAGUUAAGAUAAAUAGCUACCGUAGCAAAGUAAUGAUACUAUUAGUGAUAUUGAUGUGUUUUUAAGAUUAAUUGAAGUUUAACAACAAAUGUUACUAAGGAGAAGAGAGAAGUGAACUGAAAAUGUGCCAGAUUUUUUAGACAUCUAUUGCAAAACAGCUUGUUUACAGCCUGGAUUUUACCUUAGAUAUGUGCCAAUAUCUCCCUGAAGUGAAUUAGAUUGUGUUUCUAAAUGGGCUCACAUUGGAAAUCCUACUGUGAGCCCAUUAAGAUUCUAAUCUUUCUAGCCUUUAGAAGGAUGAUAUUAUUUUCUAUAAUGUUUUAUAACAUGUUGACUGUGUUAUUCCUUAUGCUUGGACAUUAUUAGAUUAUUUAUUCAAUUCUUUUCAUUUGUACCUGCAUUUUGGCCUGUCUGUGACUCACAGGCUAGCAGCUUUUCGAUUUCUAAUUGAUGAUGAUCAUGUGUGAAGUAACUUAUGUCUGUUUAUCAGUUGGGUUUUGAGUCUGACUUCGGUCCUUCAGCCCUUAUUUUUUUCAGUAUGUUUACACGGACAGGAAUGUGUUAAUGUUUGUUGAACUGUGCAACAUUUUUACUGGUGUACAGUGUAAAAAUCAAUCAAUAGAUAGUUGCCAUAUUUGCAUGCAGGUGUGUGCCAAUUGAAAGUUUGCAGGCGCAUACUGUACUACACUUUAUGCCAGUAAUUCAUGGAUAUAAUCUUUGGAAGACUUUUGUCUUGGUCUUAUCUCUUACUCUGCCUUUCAAAAAGCCUGAAUUUACAAUUUAGACAUGUACUACAUUAAAGGU